AUGAAAAUUAGAAACGACACAUUUUUGCAAUUUGAUUCUGAACCUCGUGAUCAUCGUUUAAUUAUAUUCUCAUCUCCUGAACAAUUGAAAAUUCUUAAAGAAACUGAAGAAAUACUCAUCGACGGAACAUUCAAAGUAACACCAGUAAUAUUCACUCAAUUAUAUACGAUACCUGGUGUUUAUCAAAAUUGUGUAUUUCCAUUGGUGUUUGCGUUACUGUCAGAUAAACAACAAUAG